AUUUGAAAGGUGUAGUUCCACAUUUCCAUUAUGAGUGGUUUCCUCUGUGUAAGGAGUCUGACUCAGGGGAUCCCAGUUUUGUUCUCAGAAGAAUGUUCAAACCACCAGAGGUGGUCAGCUAAAGUUCAUCCCAGAGACAUCCGUUUUGGGUCAGUCACCAUCCACAUCUGCUCCCUGGUUCUGUUUUCGGUGGGAGUCUAUCAGCUCCUGGUCCAAAUAGAGACAAUUCCAGCACAAACUUAUGAAGUUGGGACAUUUGUGCUGCUGUGCAAUCCUUGGCUGAGAGGUGAGUCCAUAUACAUGCCACAGAAGGCGAGCAUAGAGGAGUAUGUUAAGAGUGAUUAUGGACUGGUAUACAUGGGCAGUUGUCAAAAUGUACAGAGUCGUUUGAAAAGGAUAUAAUACGGUGUGUUUGGAUUUGAGCAGUAUGACCCAGGAGUUCUGGAGGCAUGUCUGGCGCUACUGCAAGUCAGCCCACAGCACCAAGAUAACAACCACGAAGACUACAUCUCAUGAGCAAACCCUGUGUACCUCUCUCUGGUCAUCUGUGCCAUGGUAAAUGCCAACGAUGAUUUGGAAAUUCUGCUUGGAAAAUGGGAGCAUGACUACCGUGACGGUGUCAAGCCAACAGCUUGGACCGGAAGUGCUAAAAUCCUCCAACAAUGGCUCUCAUCCAAAUUCAAGCCUGUGCGCUACAGGCAAUGCCUGGUCUUUGCAUCGGUCCUCUGCACAGUUAUGAGAGUGCUGGGGAUUCCCUCCAGGAAGGUGGUGACAUUUUUCAAUGCAGCCCAUGACACUGAUGCCAACACCACCAUUGAAGAGUACUACACAACCAACGGGGAGAAGUGCUUGUCCAGAGACAGCAUUUGGAACUUCCAUGUAUGGGUGGAGUGCUGGAUGAGGAGAUCGGACCUCGGUCCAGGAUUUGAUGGUUGGCAGGUUGUUGACCCAACACCGCAAGAGAGGAGUCGAGGAAUAUUCCGAUGCAGUCCGUGUCCGGUUGCUGCCAUCCGUGAACGCUGCUUUUCCGUGAAGUUUGACACCCCGUUCCUUUACGCCUCUGUUGACAGAGACAUCCGUUGUCUUAUUUUGCACAAUGGGGUUGAGGUUGGGCAAAAAGUGGACACUGGGACUGUGGGACAGCUUAUAUGCACCAAAAGCGUCAGCUCAGAUGCUCUAAAUGCUUAUAUCUGUCUUUGUUUAAAUGCUCUUGCUGUCUUUUUCAGAAAUAAUCCUUCUUUAAAUGUUUUUUUUUUUCAUCUCUCUUUUUUCUCAAAGUCUGCUUCAGCUCACACUCAGCUACAGACACUAGGGCAUGCAGGACGUCUCCUUGUUCUCUGCAGAUGUCCUUGUUGGGUGGGUUUCCUUCAUCCAGGCGAGAAGAUAGAGAAGAAAGUGUCCAUCAAGGCCACUUCACAUGGAACUAAGCUGCUAGUAGCUACUUUGUCACACAGCAACAACUACAUCACUGUUUCCAAGAGUUACCACAAAGUUUCUGUCAGGGCCCCAUGGUUAUGAAUCUAUUUUACCAACUCAACUCAAAUCAAAAUGUGAAUGUCUAAAUUCACUUAAUUAGAAUAUUUUAAAUAUUUGUAUAAAAAUUGUAUUUGUGUAGCUUUUUUAUAACAUAACACAAGAUAUAUGGCAUGCAAUUCACUGAUAAAACAAAAUAUUCGAAUAAUAAAUGGACCAUUGAUGCUCAGCUGUUACCAUAGAAAUACAAGGCAUUGACUAAUUCAAACGAGUAAUUUUUUAAAAUUUUAUCCCUACACAAUUUUGAAACAGAGCAAUAAUAGUGUGCAGUCACAGGGGGAUGUUACAAGUGACUAUAAAUACCCCAGACAUUAAAAGUAUCAAAUCACCUGUAAAGGUUAACAGGCUGGCAGAACAACAAACAAACUCUUAAAGGAAAGUCUGAAACUCUGAAGUUUGGUUCUAUUUAUUGGUUUUGAGCAGUAAAUAGUCAAUUAUCUUUGCAUUUUACUUCAAAGGUUUUAUUUAGAGUUUAAGCUGUUUUAGAUGGCUUAAGGUUUACAGCACAGCAGCCUUUCUUGCUUGCUUAUCCUUGUUGUGUUUCCACUUCAGUCACCAGGACAAAAAAGAAAUGACAGGUUCAAAAAUGAAGCCAAAAGAAGUCCCUGGAUAGGUGGCGGUACUCUUCAUUUGCCAAGGAUUUUUUGUUGUUAUUUUUGAUUGAGGUGGGAGUGUGCUGAGCAUGUUUGUUUGUUUUUUUCUUAUUUUAAUUUAGUCACGCUUGUAUAAAAUAGUGAAAUGGAUGAAUGGAAUAUUUAAUAAAUUAAAAUUCUGUUAUUUUCCA